GAGUGCAUCGCCAUAGUUUACAAAAAGUCACGGCUCGAGAAAAUAAACUUCGUUGCGACUUCUUCAAGGCACUCACGUUUACGUACGCAUCAACGCCAUCGGAUCAAGAUGUCGUCCACCUCCCAGAAGCACCGCAACUUUGUCUCCGAGCCCAUGGGUGAGAAGGCGGUGACGGACCUCGCAGGCAUCGGCGAGGUUCUUGGCAAGAGGCUGGAACAAAAAGGCUUUGACAAGGCCAGUGUGGUGCUGGGGCAGUUUUUGGUGCUGAAGAAAAACAAGGGCCUGUUUGUCGAGUGGAUGAAGGACAUAUGCGCCGCCAACAGCAAGCAGGCGUCGGACUGUUACCAGUGCCUUUACGACUGGUGCGACGAGUUCCUGUGAUGCGGUCGCGGCCCAUACGUUUGUUGUACAUAUUAACGUUUUUAGUUCUUUUUUUUUUUUCUGCUUUGGUUUUUAACAAUGAACUUAAUUUAAUAAAUAUCUGAUAAAUCUG